AGAGAAAGGCAAAGGCAAAGGCAAAGGCAAAGGAAAAUUUUGAGGGAAUUUUGCGAAAAGGGGAGAAGGAAAUCACUCUCAUCUUUCCACUCUUUCUCUCUCUCUCUCUCUCUCUCUCCGUGUGCGCGGCUGUGAUUCUCUUUAUGGUGGGAUUCCUGGCAGCAAAGGAGGUUCGAUUUUGAGUGGAGAGGGGUAUGAUUUCGGAGCGGCUCCGUGGGUCGCUGAAGCGAAGGGAGAAGCAGCAGAGACGAGUAAAAGCUCUUCAAUACAGAGUCUCUUCCUUCUGCUUUGACAUGGAUCAGCAGGGGAAUGGGCAGACCCCGGCAAUAGGGGUCGUUAGCAGUACUGCUCAGAUGUCAUAUGGUUUGAGUCCAUAUCAACCCAAUCAAAUAGCAGGCGGGGCUCCUCCUGGAUCUGCCGGACAAAUGCAACCUCCUCAGCCUGCUCCUUCAGCUCAACUUGCGCAGCAUCAGCUUGCAUAUCAGCACAUCCACCAGCAACAGCAGCAACAACUACAGCAGCAGCUUCAGAACUUCUGGACGAAUCAGUAUCAAGAAAUUGAGCAGACCACCGACUUCAAGAACCACAGCCUGCCGUUAGCUCGAAUCAAGAAGAUCAUGAAGGCCGAUGAGGACGUGAGGAUGAUAUCUGCUGAAGCUCCUGUCAUAUUUGCCAGGGCUUGUGAGAUGUUCAUUCUGGAGCUGACCCUCCGUUCCUGGAACCAUACGGAGGAGAACAAGAGGAGGACCCUCCAGAAGAAUGACAUCGCAGCGGCGAUCACGAGGACUGAUAUUUUUGAUUUCUUGGUUGAUAUCGUGCCCAGAGAGGAUUUGAGAGACGAAGUGCUCGCGUCGAUCCCAAGGGGAGGAGGUCUUCCUGUGGGUCCUCCGGCCGAAGGCGUUCCUUACUACUAUGUGCCAUCUCAGCAUGGUCCACAAAUGGGUGUUCCUGGAGUCAUUGCUAGUAGGCCUGUGGCGGAUCAGUCUCUUUACAGCCAACAGCCUCACCCUUACAUGCCUCCUCAGAUGUGGCCACAGCAACAACCGCAACAACAGCAGCCGCCUGCCGAUUCUUGAGCAAGGACGUGGGUGAGUUUGUGAGUUGAUCAACAGGUUGAAGGUUGAAACAUUGUAGCUUCUCGUGCUGCGAAAGGGAGACCUCGGUGGAUCGAGUGGCCUGGCUGUUGUGUGUAUAUUAUUGCCCUAUCAUUAGCUUCUUUCCUUGGGCUGUAGUAGUAUGUGGAUAGUUAAUGCAACUUAGUUUGCAGGAUUCCUUGGUACUUUCUUCUCCUUUGAUGACAUCUAAUCCUUCAUGCUUGUUUCCAUCUGCAAAAUCUUGACUUGGUUUUGGCCGAUUGAUUUGCUUUCC